GUGGUUCUGGCCUGGCCCUGCGUCUGGGGCAGCCCCGCUCCCGGGGUAGGGUCUUGUGUGUACCUGCCCCGCCAGUGGGCCGCGGCGUUUUGCGAGCCGCGGACGUGCUCGCCAGGCAGUCAGGUGGACUUGGAGUUGGGAUCUGCUCUUCAUCUCCCACCUUCACCCACACCGUGACCGGAACACUCUCUUCCUUUUGUUUUUAUUUUUGCUCUGACCUACAUAUUCCCAGUAGCAGCGCUACGCUGUAGUAGUAAGAGUUCUGUGGUUACGGAUUUUUUUACAGGGGGGAGGGUGCCCUACGCUUGUAUUUAGGCUUUUAAUACCCAGAACUCUUGUGUGUGUUGAGCUUCGGGGCACUCGACUGAUGCAAUUCACAUCCCUCAGGGCAUAUGCCGCUUUUCAAAAUGUCUAACAAAGACUCUUGUGGAAAAAAGGAGAAGUCUUGGAGAAAAGACACCACCUCAUCGCCUAAUGUUGAUAAAGAUAAGAAGGAGGAAGAAAUCUCAGCAAGUUCUGCUAGUUCAGCUUGCACUGUAAGAUCCACUUCAUCAGAGAAGAGAAAAUUGAAAUCAGACCAUACAGAUAUUCUAUCCUGUAAUAUAAAAAGAAGACAAGAACUGAAAAGACUGACUGUAGAAACUGACACUUCAAGAAAGAGGCCAAGAAUCAGUUCUUCAUCCCAAGGACCAGUUAAACUCCAAGAAACAUCAUAUUCAAAUGACAGUCAAAUCAUUUCACAGAGUCCUUCUCCAAACAGAACCAGAAAAGAUAUAAAUAAAUGUGUAGAUCUUAAAGUUAUUAAAUUGACAAAUGUUAGGAGUAAGCUGGACCAUGUUAAAAACUUUAAUAGUCCUAGGAUUACCAAAGAUGUGAAGCCUAAAGCCGAAGGCCAGCCAAGUGAAAAAAAAUGGCCUAAUUUACUUGCUCAGCGGGAGAAGAUGAAGGAACUCAAGAAAGAAAGGCACAAUAAAUUUAGAGACGGUUCUGAAAAGUGUGUUUUGGAGAAAUACAAGGGAAUCCAAUUUUCUCAGGAUUAUAAUUCCAACAAGAUAAUUAAGGAACCCCUUGAAUCCAGAAGAAGGAAGAUCAGUUUCAAAAUCCCAGUGAAAUCCCACAAUACCCUUCAGAAGCUUGUAGAAGAAAAUGUCUUCAGUCUAGAUUCUAACAAGUCAAAGGCGAAGCAAGAGAACACAGGAUGCCGAGAAGGCGCCCAGGUUUCAUUGAAUUUGACAAGGCACAAAAGUGAACAUUUAUUUUCAGAUCCCUCAUAUGCAGAGACUGUCCGUGAGUGGAAAGGAAAAUAUCCUGAGCAUCGGGAAAGUGAUGGUUCGAUUUCUAGCGAAAGCCUAAUGCAGAGUUUUGAAGCACCGUGUUCUUCAGUGUCACUUGAAAGUAUUCAAGAAACAGAUCAAGAGAUGCAGAUAGUAGAAGAGCUCCAUGCUGCACGAGUGGGAAGAAGUGUGGAUUUACCUGUGCUCCCGCCUCCUGGAGAGUUAAUGAGUAUGGAGAUUGACUUGGUGGAAGAUGAUGCGCAGCCCUCUGCUGCAAAUACUGCUUCAGACAAAAAGCUUCUAAUUGUUAUUGAUACAAAUAUUCUGAUGAAUCACCUCAAAUUUGUUAGAAUGUUGAAGACAACAGAAAUCCCAGGCUUUGACAGACUUGUGUUAAUAAUUCCCUGGGUUGUUGUGCAAGAGCUGGAUCGUAUGAAAGCAGGAAAAUUACUGAAACAUGCCCAGCACAAAGCUGUACCUGCAGUUCAUUUCAUCAACGACAGUCUCAAAAAUCAAGAUAGAAAGCUAUGGGGUCAGUCAAUACAACUUGCAUCUCAAAAACUUUAUGGAUUGAGUGAUGAGAACAAUGACGAUCGUGUAUUAAAGUGCUGUCUUCAGUACCAGGAAUUAUUCCCUUGUUCUCUUGUUAUUUUGUGCACGGAUGAUAGAAAUUUAAGAAACAAAGGCCUAAUAAGUGGUGUGAAGUCACUGAGUAAAGAAGAAUUGAGUGGAGAGUUAUUAAACUUGUCUCUGAACACAGAUGUAUGUCAUCAGCCUUGUAUAUCUAAACAACAGUUGAAAGCAGAGGCAACAUCUUUGGAGGAGAACUUUGAGGAAGAAUCUACAAAUUCUGGGCUACUCAUUCAACUCGAAAGCAUUGUAUCUGAUCUUGAAAAAUCUCUUGGAACAGCUUUAUCUUCAAUAUUAGAAACAGAAAUGAAAAUCGCUUUUGGAAACCUCUGGAUGGAGAUUCUGUACUUGAAACCACCGUGGACUUUAAUACAUUUAUUACAGUGCUUUAGAAAACACUGGUUGGCUGUAUUUGGAUUAGUUAUGGAAAAGAGCUUGCUUGUAACUGUUGAGAGCCUAUAUGAAAAUCUCUAUAAAGCUAAUAAUGCAGUGGAUAUUAAAACAGUGAAAUUCCUGCUUCAGGAUUCUAAAAGUCUGCUACAUGCUUUCAGUACAAGGUCAAAUUAUGAUGGCAUUCUUCCACAGGCCUUUGCUCAAGUAAACAAACUACUCCAAACAUUUUCAGAGGUCAAGGCAAAAUUUAAACGAAGUCCUUCAGAAAAUACACCGGGUAAAAAUCAAGAAAAUACUUCUUCGAUGAAAUCUAACAACCAAGAAAUCGCCAUUUUCUCAGGUUCUCCCCAGCCCAAUAGGCAUCAAGAAAUCUGGUCUAUCCUAGAGAAUGUUUGGAUUACAAUAUAUCAAAACAGCAUGGAUGUGUUUCAAAGAUUGGGCUCAAAUUCAGCUCUGACAUCUUCAAAAUUAGCAUCAUUUGAAGAAGCAUUUGUAUAUCUUCAGAAGUUAAUGGCAGCUGUUAAGAAUAUUCUUGGAGGAAUUCAGAGGAUUUUGGCCCCCAAUAGUAAUUAUCAAGAUGUUGAGACCCUCUAUAACUUCCUAAUCAAGUAUGAGGUAAAUAAAAAUGUCCAAUUUACUGCCCAGGAACUUUAUGAGUGUGUUUCACAGACUGAGUAUCGGGAAAAGUUAACCAUCGGAUGCCGCCAACUGGUUGAGAUGGAACAUACCAUGCAGCAGUGCAAUGCAUCCGUCUAUAUGGAGGCCAAAAACAGGGGAUGGUGUGAAGACACGCUCAAUUAUAGGACCUAAGUGCUGAUUUGUAACUUAGAAGGAAUUGCAUUUGUCUUCAAGAACAACAGAAUAGCUUUCAACCUUUUGUGCCAAACCCGAGAUUCUUGCAAGAAAUGUCUCAUUGGUACAAAAAGAUGAUUGCCUAUUACUGGCAAUCUCAUUGAGGUUCUAAAAAGCCUAAUGCAUCCAUUGUGGGAUAAACUGUGGACUCAACUCUUCUGAAGUUGACCAUACCUCCCUACCUCUACUCCUAACACUGAGCCAGUAUGUAUGUCUAAGGAAAGGAGAGCCAUCUUUUCAGUCAUCUUAGGGCAGGAGGAACUGUGGCGUCUGAGGAGGGCCCAGUACAUAGUGUUAACAUCUCUCUCAACCCUAAAUAUGAGUACAUGACCAGAGACAUUUCCAAACCUCAAGAAAGAAUUCAGACGUGACCAGGGUCCCUAUCUGCCACGAGUGAAAUCUUACCCUGGGCUGUUUGAUGUUCAGACUGUCUUCCAUGUAGACCUGGGGCACGCAGUGCACAUCCCUUCCACCUCCCCUAAGGUGGUAGAAAUAAAAUUUUGGCUUCAGCUCCACCCUGCUACAUAGCAUCUUCUCUUCUUCCUUGGGCUUGUCACUUUUCAGUGCAUUCUGAUUGGAAGAACAGGGAAACCCCUUUGCUGAGUUUCCCCUUAAAUGUGAAACAGCAUGGGUUUAUGGGAUCAGGUGGCAGUGGCUGAUGUUGGCCCCUAGCUGAACCAAGUGUUUAAUUGACAUUUCUUACUUAGUUAUACAGUAAGUUGAAAAUCCUUGUUUACUAAAGUAUAUUAUGCUUUUCUUAAUACAUUAGAUUAAAUCGAAUUUGCUAUUCUAAAUGUUAAUUUAUUUUUAAAAAAAACAAUAAAUUAUUGUUAGUGA